CACGCCCCGCCCACCAGCGCCUCGCCUGUCUCUUUUUAUUUCUGGGACAGUUUUAUCAAAUCCACCGGCGAGUGGAACGAACCCGAACAUGGCUGCCACGGAGUUCUCUGCUGAAACUCACUUCCCUUAUAUGUAUCAGCUCUUGGCGCUUGUUUGUCUGGCCGCGGUUGUUUACAAGCUGAUCGCCGUUGUUCAGCGGAGGAGACACUUCAUCAAGCAUGUGCGACAGUUCCCCGCUCCCCCGACUCACUGGCUCUUUGGCCACAUUCGUGAGCUGUACAAAGAUGGCAAUGAGUUGUUUACAUUUUUACGAUGGCAAGAGCAGUACACCGAUGCCAUCCCUGUUUGGGUCGGACCUAAUAACUGCUUUGUCAACCUCCACCAUCCAGAUUAUGUGAGGACGCUCCUGGCUUCAGUGGAGCCAAAAGAUAACAUAGUGUACCCAUUUUUCGAACCGUGGAUAGGAGAAGGUCUGCUAUUGGCCAGCGGUCAGAAAUGGUUCCGCCACAGGAGGCUGCUGACUCGCGGCUUUCACUAUGACGUGUUAAAGCCAUACGUUAAACUGAUGUCUGAUUCAGCCAAGACUAUGUUGGAUAAUUGGGAGAGUUAUGCACACAGCGGUGAACCCUUUGAAUUGUUUGAACAUGUGAGUCUGAUGGCGUUGGACAGUAUUUUGAAAUGUGCCUUCAGCUACAACAGCAACUGUCAAGCUGAGAGUGGGUCCAAUGCGUACGUGAAAGCUGUGUUCGACCUCAGUGAGCUGAUCAACAAGCGCUUCAUGUUCUUUCCCUACUACAGUGAUCUGAUUUUCCAUCUCAGUCCUCAUGGAUUCCAAUUCAGGAAAUCCUGCAGGAUUGCUCACAAUCACACUGCGGAAGUGAUACAAGCGAGAAAAGAGGUGCUGAAACGAGAGGAGGAGAUGGACCGAGUGCAGACCAAGAGAUAUCAGGACUUUCUGGACAUUCUGCUGCUCGCAAAAGACGAGGAUCAGAUGGGACUAACUGAGGAAGAAAUCAGGGCGGAGGUGGACACCUUCAUGUUUGAGGGCCACGACACCACGGCCAGUGGCAUCUCCUUCAUUCUCUACAGUCUGGCCUGCAACCCAGAACACCAGAAGCUCUGCAGAGAGGAAGUGAUGCAGGCUCUGGAUGGGAAAGCGUCUUUUGAAGUGGAGGAUCUGGGUAAAAUUCCGUACACUACCAUGUGCAUCAAAGAAUCACUCCGUCUCUACCCUCCUGUACCGGGAGUCUCCAGAGUUCUCACCAAGCCUAUGACCUUUGUCGAUGGAAGGAGCUUGCCAGCAGGUUUCCGAGUUGGAGUCGCAAUUUUUGGGCUGCAUCGGAAUCCUUCUGUGUGGGAGAACCCUUCUGUUUAUGAUCCUCUCCGUUUCCUGCCAGAGAAUGUUUCCAAACGAUCGCCGCAUGCGUUUGUGCCCUUUGCUGCCGGUCCAAGGAACUGCAUUGGCCAGAACUUUGCCAUGAACGAGCUGAAGGUGACCAUCGCGGAGACGCUGAGGAGAUACGAGCUGAUGGAGGUGCCGAACUUCAAACCCAGGAUCGUUCCUCGCCUGGUUCUACGGUCACUCAACGGCGUCUACAUCAAAAUCAAGCCUCUGAAUGCCAAGUGAUCGGAGCAAGGGACGGAUUUAUGGAAGACUGGCGCUUAACUACCCUGUUAUUGAAUUGAUACCGGGCCUGUCAUUGCUGAUCCAUUCUUAUUGGAGAGCAACAAAAACUGUUGUCAGCCAAAAUGUGACGUUGGCGUGCGAUAUGUUAAGCCAGACAGCAGGUGGCAGUAGCGUUAAGGAGCAACACUACACACAGAACUGUUCAUUGAGUUUUUGACUUGCUGCAGUUUAACGACAAUGUGAUGUCAGAUUAUAACAUGAAAUAAAGUCCUACUAAGCGUGAAGCCCAGAUAUUUUCUGACAAAAU